UGGAGCCAAGCAGGGGCAGCUCCCAAAAUGACUGGCCACCACAGUUGGGGAUAUGGGCAGGCUGACGGCCCUUCAGAGUGGCACAAAGCUUACCCCAUUGCCCAGGGGAACCGCCAGUCCCCCAUCGACAUUGACUCUGCACGGGCAGUCUACGACCCCAGCCUGCAGCCUCUGGUCAUCUCCUACGAGUCCUGCACCUCCCUCAGCAUCUCCAACACUGGCCACUCUGUCAUGGUGGAGUUUGAGGAGUCUGAUGACAGGACAGCAAUCAGUGGAGGGCCCUUUCAGAAUCCAUUCCGGCUAAAGCAGUUCCACUUCCACUGGGGGACCACACACAGCCAGGGGUCAGAGCACACCAUUGAUGGAAAACCUUUUCCCUGUGAGCUCCACUUAGUACAUUGGAAUGCCAGAAAAUAUGCAACAUUUGGAGAGGCAGCAGCAGCUCCAGAUGGCUUGGCAGUAGUUGGUGUUUUCUUGGAGAUUGGAAAAGAACAUGCCAGUAUGAACAGACUCACUGAUGCUUUGUACAUGGUAAAAUUUAAAGGAACAAAAGCUCAGUUUAGAGGCUUCAACCCCAAAUGCCUCCUGCCCUUGAGUCUAGAUUAUUGGACAUACCUUGGUUCUCUGACAACCCCACCCCUUAAUGAGAGUGUGACAUGGAUAGUGCUGAAAGAGCCCAUAAGAAUCUCUGUGAAACAGCUGGAGAAAUUCCGCAUGCUGCUCUUCACCGGUGAGGAAGACCAGAGGAUCCAAAUGGCCAAUAACUUCCGCCCCCCUCAGCCUCUGAAGGGGAGAAUUGUUCGAGCUUCCUUCAAGGCCUGAAGAAAACUGAAAAUGGUCCUGAGAUAUCCAAGAGCUUCCAUGUGUGAGAUACUCUACAGUGGUCUACAGAUCACUUAUGGAACACACCAGACAGGCAUUUCCAUGAACCCUCUGCUUGGAGGGGGACAAUCUUCUGGCUUUCUAUGUUAUUUGAAGUGCUCAUUCUGUGGGGAAAUGGCAUAUUUUUAACCAGCACUAUUUAAUAUAAGGGAUAGCCGAGUGAACUAGCUUGUUAUCCAAGCUCUAUAAAAUUAAAAUUACAUUAAAAUCCAACUUGAUAUAAAAUGGGAAAUUUUUCUGUGAUCUAAAAGUGCUGAUGGCCACAACUUCUACUUGUCCCAUUUAAUACAUGGGGAAACAGCAAUCAAGAAUUUUGGACGAAUUGGACUUAAAUUUUCCUUACUGAUCUGUUGCUAUCAUUUGCUGAACUCUGAUUUAAAGAUUGCUUUUACUGUAUUCUUGCUGCCUGAUUACAGAGUGUAUGAAUAGCACUAGAAAAGAGUUCUUUACUUGCCUCAAGUAGGCCCUGGUAUGAAAAUUAAAUAUAUCUUUUAAGUCUACUGUUCUAAGAUGCUAUCUUACAUGAGAAGUAACAAUGUAAUGCUGUGUUGAAAAGCAGAGCAGUUUACUGCAAUGUUUUAUAGGUAUUUGUCCUUUCAGCCCAUGCAGAACGCAGGACCACAGGGCCCUGGUCAGGGUCAGUUUGGGCGAAGAGUUCCUCUGUAGUGAUCCAGGUGUGUUUUGUGGUCCUCAGUUGCUCAGAUUCUACCUCAGCUCAGUGCUAUGUUCUGCAAUAUGACCUCCUUCAGUGUCUGCCCUACAGAGAGCAGGUGUUGUGUUUCGUUUAAGGACCUAAGAUGGGUAGAUCUUGUCUGCCCUGAGUGUGCAUUGCUGCACAGACCCUCCCUGCCCCAGGGCUGCCCGGCAGGGAUGCUCCCUGCACACACAAAAGGCUUCAGUGCUCCUGAGUCCUUUUAUCUCUGCACAAGUUGCUUUAGAGCAACCACGUGUGGUUCUGCAGCCUAGUGACAAAAUUGUGACUGUGGUACUCAAUACUGUGAUGUUCUCUGACUGCCCACAGGCAAUUCCCAGCUCCUUCAGUUCUGGGCCUCACAUGGCCCGUUCUGCCUGUGUAGCUCAUGUAGAGAUUGAUGCUGUUGAUUGCUUUCCAGCAGCUGAGAUGGGGAAAUCAAGAUGUACAAGGCCAAGGGAAAUGGGGAGAAGGGAGAACAGCAGCUGCUGUGGCUGCUCCCUUUUCUCCAGGGAAGAAAGACACGAGAUGUGGAACACAGUACAAGGAGUGAAAGACUGGAGUUCUGCUCUGGAAAUCCCCGUGGUUUUUCUGGUACAUUGACCUGAAACUUUGUUUCUCAGUUUCCUCUUAUGUAGAAAGAGGGUAACACUGACCUCUACCUCACAGGGCUGUUAUGAGGGCUAAUUCAGCAUUGUUUUAGAUGUGAGAUUCUAAUCCAGCAAAUGCUAAAGGCAAUGGAAAACCCUUACACAAUGCAAUGGUUUUAGCUAUUAUGAAUGUAUUAUGACAUUACUUUGAAUGUAUUAUGUAUUACUUUGCUAGUAAUGCAAACUGGUAUUGUAGAAACUCUAUUUCAUGUAUCUUAAUUUAUUUAACAAAUGAAAUAAAUGAGACUUUAAAAUCA